AUGCAUUGCCUACUGAUGCUUUUUUUGUUUCAUCAGAUUAUCUCCUUCGCAGAAGCUGAUGCUUCCCUUCAUCCGGCCAUUCAUUUGCAAAAAUCAGAUGAUGUCCUUCGUGUGGAACUGGCCACAUGUGUUGCGGAUUUGGAUCCCAGCUUGUUUGACCGUGUUCACAGAACUGUCGACGCUUUGGAAGCGCUUCAGCAAACGUCUCCCAUUAUCUUGCGCGCCAUCACUGAUGCCGCUGACAUUAGGACGUGGGAUAACAGCAGUUCACGGGUGUGUAGAUGGUUUGGAGAAGAUCGUGAUAGGGGCCUGGGCCGUGAUCGUAGAAAAUCUCCCAAAACUCUAUCCAAUAGACAUCAUCGUGGAGGCUCCAAUCUAACUCCGAUUGAAAUCACUUGUGCUUCUCUUCGCACUGUUAUUCGGAUUCCCAUUCCCUUGGAAUCUGUUCCUCCGUUUCCUGGCGAAGAUUUGGCUCAAAUACGUAAGCGUUUAUGGACUCGAACUGGAAGUGGACAAGAAUGCCUACUGACGUGGUGGAAGCCUUGUCUCCGUCCAGAGUCUCUGGCUAUUAACCUGGUCAAUCUCGUUGCAAAAUUCAGACAUCCCCCGGAACACCCACCAGGUGUCUCCUCCUACCAACUUGAAUUUACCCAACUUGAAGGUUCGUUUGUUUCCUCCUCCUACGAGUUGGUUUCGCUUGUUUGGGGUGCUACUGACUGUUUAGACUCAAUUUCGGCUGGAUUGAGACCAUUCUUCACCGGGGGAGCAACAAAUGACAGUAAGCCCUUCCUAGUCCUCAGCAAGUCGUCGUCGAAUCGGGAAGCUGCAAGUGUCUCCCUUCGCAUUGCUCCAGAUGGUCGACGACGCCUCAAUGCGUUUCCAGUAAAAGGUCAUUCGCGUCCGUGCCGUUCAACUGCAUUUUUAACUCGAAAAACUGUUACAGUUGUCCAAUCGGAUGAGUCGUCGUCGGCGAUGUCAUCUGGACUGAAUGACUACUCUUCACCAUCGUCAAUCGAACCUCCCUCUCAAGAUGAGGAGAUUGAAGAGAACCUCAUCGCCAAUGUCAUUACACACACCCAACGAAGUCCCUUUGUUAGAAGGGCUAUGUUUUUGGGAGAGGAUUCGCAGAAUUUGUGGGAUAAGCAAUCUCUCUUGCCCGGUGACUCGAAGCAUCUCAAAACCUACAACUUUGCAGCCUCGAGACAAUGUAAGUACCUUGUAGCCUUGUCACUUCCAGACGUCCUGUUCCGCGUGCCUGAUGAAAGAGCUCUCUCCCUUCUCUACACUCGUCUGCUGAUUGAUUUGACACUAUGGAAGAGUCUACUGCCUUCGAAUCGACGAUCUCGAGCAGUGUUACUAGUGGGUGGUGGGGUACAGCCGUCUUUCGGCGUUUCUGACCACCGUUACUGGUUCUAUGCCGAACCUGUCCCACCUGGAAGCAUUUAUGCCCAUCCAUCGGCUGCUUUGGCUGCCGAGGAACGGCAUAGAAGGUACGCGGAAGGUCUUCUCCCUUCUUCUACUGAGUCCUCUUCUUCCUCCUCUUCUUCUGCUGAAUCUGAUACUGAUGCCUUAAAUACGCCAUUUGGUGCCAAACUUGGAGAACAAUAUGAUCUCGAAGGCAUCUACUCUGCCAACCAAGCCUUUCAGUCACCUGCUGCCUCUUUUCUCUCCGUCUCCAUUGAACACUUCGAGACUCGAAUUCGUCUCAACACCUCACAACGACCACCUUCUUCCAUUCCAAUGACCUUCAUCCUUGCAUCUCACUCUGUUCGUCUGACAACGGAAGUUAACCCUUGCGGCAAAUCCGGCCUAGCCUACACCACGUUGACCUGUGGUCAAAUUGAAGGGCAUGUGUCAGGCUCCUUUGAUGGGAACAACAAAUUCAGUGGUAGCAGCACCUCUAGCCAGUCAAAAAUCAGCAUACCUCUGCUCCUGCCAAUCAUACAUUCAGAGGACGUUUCUACUGAGCCUAUGCUAGCCCUAGCCAUGGAGAAACAAUCCAUCCCCAUAUAUGGUCCACUGGAGCCCCUCUCCCCAAGCUGUUCGGAGGAUAUUGUUGUGGCGGUUAAAUUACGCUUGGGAUGCCUUUGCUACUGGCCUUAUUUGCACACUUGGUGGAUGGAAGCAUUUCCGAACUUACAAUCCAAUCUAAUGUCCAAGGAGUAUCCCUCCCUCUUUUGUCCCUCGUACAAUGUCAAGAUUCAUUGGCACUUGGACAAUUCUGCUGUUCAUGUGCCCCCUGUUUGUGCUUUUGAAGGAAUUAUAGAUGGUGAGAAGGUGGAGGAGGAGGAGACCAUUUCCAUCAACCUGGCACCACCCACCUCUGGUCUGGGCUCUCUUCGACCGCUCAUCUUGACGAAAAGUGUGACAGCAUUUUCAAAAUUUACGAAUACCACUAGUCACAUCACGUUUUUUGAGAGAUUAGCUUUGUGGUUGGUGCCAACGCCGUCUUCACUAUGCUCGGCCAAGAAGUCACAGAGGCUUCGCUUACCAUCUGGUGAACAGCAAGGUGGUCUACCACGAGCUAUAUGGAGGGAGGUGAAGGCCUUAAAAUGCCUUCUCAGUGACGAUUUAGACACUAUUCUUCGCCGGUCUGUCAAGGUGAUCGAUGUUGACCAUUUGGAGCUGCAUUUUGUCUCGUCCGAUGGUAGUCAGACGCCUUCUCCACCGCGUAUGGAUGUUCGGUUGACUAUCAAUUUGAUUCGACUCACGACCUGUUUGGACAGCUUGGUUGCCCUUCGGCUCAUUUUGGAGGGUUUUAAUAGAACUCCUCAAUCCUUGUCACCGAAGAAAAAACCUUCUGGUCUUCCGGUUUUAAUUAACCCUCCUCCUCCCCCUCCUCCUGGUGACGAGGCUUCAAGGCGAUCAAAAAUCGAGGGUCUCAUCUCGGCAGCCGUCUCCGAUGUAGACGUGUCAAAUUGUUCUCCCCUUCUUCCUCCUCCUCCUCCUCCUCAGUGUUUAGCCACCACCCAUAGCGAGGAGGAUUUCGUGGUGAUUGAAAGAGGUUCUCCUAAGACGCCUCCUUCACCUCGUCAACCAGCGAAAGUUCUUGAGGAUGGAACUCGAAUUAUGUCCUACUCUCCCGCCUCGCUUCCAAAUGAGGAUUUCUAUGCAGAAAAUAGGUGUUUACCUCCACUUCCCAGACGACAAGGACUAUUUUCAGAUCCUUUCGGUAGUGAAAGUCUAUUUGCCUUUACUCUUCAUGACGUCUCCGUUGAAUGGACCUUCUUUGGUGGUCUAGAUUUUCCUUCCAUGUGUUCUGGCACCGACAUGGAAGAGAAGCUUCGACAGUCUUUGUCAAUUCCUCAUGGCCUUGCACUUUCACAUUUUAGUCGACAAAAUGAUCAGACUGCAACCGUUCGUCUUUCAAAUGUCUACUUCCGCAAGUCUAUAUUUAAGCCCUCCGUUGAAUAUCAACUACAUCGAUAUCGAACAGGAAGCAAGGAAAUGAGGAGACAGAGUUCGCCCCUUUCUAUCGCUUCAACUUCCACUCUUCACCCGGUGACACGAUAUGCUCUACGGAUUGGGGAUGUAAAGAUUGUGGACGGUUUGCCACAAUCGAUGAUCAACCACCUUUUUCAUGUUCAGCAAAGUCGAGCACGAGAAGAUGGUCGUUUUGUUGAGGCGGUGAGAGCCACUGUACUGAUGUGGCCCUCUCUCACUUCCCUCGCUGUGCCUACAGAUUAUGAGGCUGAAGUGAAAGUCUCCAUUCAACCACUCCAAAUUAACUUAGAUCAAACCAUGUUCGUAUUUUUGCGUGCUCAUCAUACAGCCCUUACUCAAUUGACUGAACGAUAUCUACAGGAUAUGGAGAAACGAGUGUCUCUCCUCUUCUGCCUCCGUUCCGUUUCUGUGGAGGGAGAGGAGGAGCAAAGCACACUCCGCUCCGCCACCACCUCCACCAAUGAUGAAGAUCAGCCUAUUUUCUUUAAGCAAUUAACUAUUAUCCCCUCCCUUCCCAUACGAUUUAACUAUCAUGGACAUCAAUUGGAUCUUUCUCAGGGCACUUUCAUCGGUCUACUAGCACUAUGCCUUCGAUUAAAGAAUGCAGAAUUAGUUUUGCCUCAGUGGGUGUAUCAGAGGGGCUAUCGUGGUGUCUACUGCCUUAUGGAAGAAGUUGUUUCCCAUUGGACGUCUACUCUGCAAAACAAUUUAUUUCAAAUUUUGGCCACUAGUAUUGGACCGAUGAACGAAAUCUCGAGUAUUCGUGAGUUCUCCUCAUCCUUGUUGCUUGUUAUGAAUGUUAUUUGGUGUCAAAUGUACGGUUUCCUUGCAGUUGUUGGGGUGCGUGACUUUGUUCUCCACUCGGUGAAUGCUUUCGUAACGCCAGUUCGUUCUCUGCGUGGAGAUAGACAUCAGCCACCACAUCCUUCGUCGGAUCAAGUGGUUCAGGAUCUGCGAAUUGGCGUCAGAGCCCUUUCAGAAAAUGCCGUCUGGCCAAUUGUUGAGCUGUCUACCGAAGGUGUUCGGACGGCUCAGUAUCUUUUUGAGGUGAGAUACCUUGGAGCACAGAUUCCCACAUUUCCUCCCUACUCCUCCCCAUUCGAGAGCUUCAGUUAUGAUGGCCAGAAAAUAAAUCGAGUUGGAUGGAUUGUUUAUAUUGGACUAGGAUUGGUGGAUGGACGCAUAAUGAACGCCGAAUUAGUUUUGAUUUUUUCAUAG